UCUAAUUUUGCAUGUUACUGUUACUAAGUAAAUGUUGUUCAAAUCAAGCUCAGUUCUUUACUGUCAAAUUUGUAUUACCAAGAAAUAAAUGUGUUUUAUUAUAUAUAAUAUUAUUAGUAACUGCACUAAAGUAUUCAAAUGAAUGUCACCAGCAGUUCAUUGGCUCGGUUUAGUUUAGUUUGAAUCCUGGUUUUGGUUCAUCAUUAACCAAAUGUGGCUUAUGUAUUUAUGAUGAUUUAAGAUUCACAAGCGGUGUUUCUGUGUUUGUCUCUUGUACAGUGCUGGACUUCAGUGAUCCGUUCAGCAGCAAGGUGAAACCUCGGAUCCUGCUCAUGGGCCUGAGGCGAAGUGGCAAGUCUUCCAUUCAGAAAGUUGUGUUCCACAAGAUGUCACCCAACGAGACUCUCUUUCUGGAGAGCACUAAUAAGAUUUGUCGGGAGGACGUUUCCAACAGUUCUUUUGUCAGCUUCCAAAUCUGGGACUUCCCUGGUCAGAUUGAUUUCUUCGACCCCACAUUCGACUAUGAGAUGAUAUUUCGUGGCACAGGGGCUCUCAUCUUUGUCAUAGACUCUCAGGACGAUUACGUGGAGGCAUUGAGUAGACUUCACCUCACUGUGACAAGAGCCUACAAGGUCAAUCCUGACAUCAACUUCGAGGUCUUCAUCCACAAGGUGGACGGCCUUUCAGAUGACCACAAAAUUGAGAAACAGAGGGACAUACACAAACGAGCCAAUGACGAUCUAGCCGAUGCUGGUUUAGAAAGAAUACACUUAAGCUUCUACUUGACAAGCAUCUAUGAUCAUUCAAUCUUUGAGGCCUUCAGUAAAGUUGUGCAGAAACUCAUCCCUCAAUUUCUCACCCUUGAGAAUCUGCUCAACAUUUUCAUAUCUAAUUCAGGGAUUGAAAAGGCUUUUCUCUUUGAUGUGGUCAGUAAGAUUUACAUAGCAACCGACAGCAGCCCGGUGGACAUGCAGACCUAUGAACUAUGUUGUGACAUGAUAGAUGUGGUUAUCGACAUCUCAUGCAUCUACAAC